AAAGAGACCAGCGGAUACCUCGGACGACCACGAGAUUGGCGAAGAGUGGGAGGACCUCAACGGGCUCCGGUGGAGGAUGGACGCCGACGGUGAGCGGCGCAGAGCUGCCGUCGUGGUGGAGAUGAGAUCAAAGUACAACAUGGUGAGAGCUGCUCCGCCUGCCUCUGACUGCCUGCCUCUGAGUGCCUGACUCUAACUGCCUGCCUCUGAAUGCCUGACUCUGACUGCCUGCCUCUGAAUGCCUGCCUCUGAAUGCCUGCCUCUGAAUGCUCUCUUCAGCCAAAGGACUCGAGGCAUCCAGACGCCAAGCUCAAGGUGCCUGUUCUUGUCGAAAAGUUCCUGAGCGAGGCCGAAUACGAGGAGGCGCGCGCCCAGAAGCUGCUCAGCUUCCAAGAGGAGGAGCGCCAGCGUGACAUUGAGGAGGCGGCCAGGAAGAAGGAAGAGGAGGAGCUGCGAAAGCGGAGCAGCGCCUCUGGCUCCAAUCGUUUCCUCGCCACGCCCAACAAAAUCAAGCGCAACUUGGACCUACUCUUCUCGUCGCCGGGGCCCUUGCUCUCCCCGCUGGGGUCGCGUAAGCGACACGUCAGCGCGAGCCCCCUCUCCACGAGUCCCCGCCAGUACAAGAAGCUGUCGCUGUCCAUGGGCCUGGACUCGUCGGCGUCGGGGACUCCGUCGGCGGAGCAGGAACGGGGAAGUAUGGCGCCCCCUGCCGCCGCAACAACGCCUCAGCGCCCACGCGCCCGCUCUGCGUCCCUGUCAGCGCCUCAGGCAGCGACGACGCCCAGCAAGCGGAUCCCACUCCUGUCUUCGUCGACGGCCAGAAGGAGCGCGAGUCCAUCCAAGAUGUACCAGAGCAUUCCAGCCUCGCCCGCCUCGUCGCCCUCGUCGCCCUCCUCGACGAUCGAGGCAAAGAAGCGGCGCGAGGCCAACCUGCUCCGGCUUCUCCAGCUCGAAUGCGACCGGCGCAGACGAUCCAAGGUCUGAGUAGCAGUCCAUAUAGGGAUAAUUACCGCAGGGAACUACUCUACAGCACAUUGUAAUUCUCAUUUUUGCUCCUUU